CGAUCGUGUUUCUAAAACGGUGCCGUUUGCGUAUAACUCUUAAACAUUAAACUGGGCCAAAUCAUAAUCGUUUAAGAAGUCGUGAAACUAAAUGGGCCUAUGUGAAUUCUAAUUGGGUCUGGAUGAGCUGUACUUAAGUGGGACGGGCUUUCAUUAUGGCUAGACUCUUGAAUCGGCUAUCCUGACAUGAUGCCCAUCAGCACAGUAAAGGUAAAGUCUGUAUCAGCUGAAUAGACCAUGUUUAUUGGCGGUCUCUUAGGGCAUCCACAUUGAGAGUUCAAUGGGGGAGUUCACACGGUUUUCGAAAAAAAAGAAAAUAUUAAAAUAAGUAAAAGUGGUGAACCUGUCUCUUGCAAGUUCACUGCAGUGAACCCGGGUCAAUACUGUAGCGUGGGUCCCACGGCACGUGGCGGCUCGCGAUUGGUCCGAUUAAUUUUUUUUUUUUUUUUUUAAAAAAACAAAAUUCAAACAGAAAAAAAUAAUAAUAAAAAAAUACUUUGUGAACCCCUCCCAUGGGGUUCACUGAUGUACAUGGUCUUAGGUUGGAUUUUUUAACGUAAUAUAAGAUAUGAUUUCUUAGUUUUUAACUAAAAAAACUAAAAGUCCUCUCUUAUAUCUCUUACUUUAGAGACGUCUCUUAGUUUUUUUAGUUAAAAGCUAAGAGACCGUAUCUUAUAUUACGCUAAAAGACUUAAUCUAAGAGACCUCCAAUAAACAUGCUCUUAAACCAUGAUAAUCGCAAGGGGUCCUUAAGUUUUUUCUUUCUAAAAAAAAUAAACCAAUCGCGGGCUGCCACGUAUCGGUGAGGCCCGCAAACAGUGCCAAAACCCCCAAUUACCGAUCCUUAUUUGGUGAUUUUGGGGAGUGCUUUUAAAAUUUUUGUGAGAUCCACGCGUCAGUGGAGCCCACAUUUUUGUCAAAAAUCUCUCUAAGAACAUUGGGAUGUUCAUGCUCUAAGAGACCUUGGCCAAUAGUCCCCUUCAAAUACUGAAGUACCUCGUGAACAGCCUUGAGAUGUGUUGUGGUUCAACUCAGGCUCUUAGCUUUGUGUUCCUAUCAAAAAAAUAGUUAAAAAUCAGUCAGUUCCAUUGUUUUUUUAGAAACGGAUCUUACGGAUCGUAUAUAAGGACCGAUCUUUCUUCGUUUCUUGCACUAUUCGCGGGCUCCACUGACACAUGGCGGCCCGCGAUUGGUUCGCCUUUUAAUUAUUUUUAUUUUUUUAUCACACAAUAUAAGUUAAUAAAAAAUCAAAAAAAAUUACCUAUGAUUCCGUGCUGGAGCUCCUUGCGUUGAAGAUGCUCUUAUUAUCAUGAGCUAAGAUCAUCGCCAAUAAUCAAGUAUUCUCUAUGGUGUUGAAAAAUAGAGAUUUUUAAUAGCAUAACAAUAUUGAUUUUUUUUUUUGUCAUCUAUGAAUAGCAUUAAACUUGAACUGAAGUACCAUGGGAAACUACAACAAAGCCCGAACAUGAUAAGGGAGACACAGCCCGAGAGAGAUAUACGUGAGACAAAGCCGACAAAGACAUACUUUCCGGAGAUAUAUACUAACCACGAGAAUUAAGAAACAACAACAAACUAACCAAUGCGAGUUUCAUCCACAAAAACUUACUUUCAGCCAACACUGCAAAUAGAACCACGGCAAACCACCCUUGAAAGAAAGGAGAGAGCAAUCUCCAAUCGAAAGUGUUCUCAGUGGUGUUCUUCUUCUCUUUCUUCCUUUUUAUUAUUUUUAUAUUACUUUACUUUGAAAACACUAAUGAGAGCACUUGUUAGAGUUUACCGUUGAUUAUGCUCUAAGAAUAUUAUUCUCUUUUGUUUUCUUUUAGAAAACAUAUUAAAACUUUUCUUUUGUAACACUAAACUUAUAUUAAAAGGCGCAAGAGCAUGAAAAUUUACAGCUAAAGCAGAAGAUUAUAAAGACAAUGCUUGACAGUAGAAUAAAGCCAGAAAACAUUACAAAAAACUAAAGAUAGAAUCAGCAAAGGGCAAGUCAUGCUCAGCAAAAUGAAGAAACCCAAAGGAAAACUCUACUUUUAUUUCCAUGGCGAUUGUUCGAAAGAACAAUUGAUAGUCAAAAGCAAUGUUGAUACACCUAUAAGAAGAAUUUUGUAUGUUGACUAACAAUAAGGCGAGAAGCUCCAGAGAACCGUAGGCAACAUUGAGAGUACGAAGUCCUAUCUAACUUUAUAUGACACUGAAACAAGCACAAUCAACUUUAAAUCCAACAAGCUUACCGAAGAAACUAGGUGAAUCUCAAACUCUAGCUUUGUCUCCAAAGAAGCAUUUACGAUGAAGUUUGAUGAUAGAGAUGAUGGUUUAAUUGGGUUCAAACCUCAGAACUCAACAUUACCGGGUUGAGCCCAAUAAUUUGUAACCGAAGGAGACCUAAGCAUACAGUCAUCACACUCAUUUAACCAGAAUGUGUGUGAGAAAACAUCGGAUAAGAGGUAAAAAAGCUUCGGGAUGGUUGGGUCUCCAUGUAAUAACUCUGGUUUGAAGGUCACGUAGUGGAUUCUGUGAAGAACCAUCAGAUGCUUGAGAUGGCGCACUGUGAUGGAGGCGCAGCGGUGAUGUAGUUAGUAAAUCUGGUGAGUCCACACUCUUGCACAAUAGUUCUAGUGGCAAGGAGAUCAUGAAGACCACAAAUCCGGCUUUGUGAAUAAUCGUCGAUGCUUGAGACGGCAUAGUGUAAUAGAGUCAUGACGCGCAAAUCUGUUGGGUGGAGGAAUAGUUGUGAACCUUCAGACGUGGAGUGUAUGCGUUGAUUCAUUGAGUUAAUCUCGCUGAUUCGGGCCUCUCUGGAAGUUGUAACGUGACGCCUUGGUGUGAUGAUGAUAAACGGAGCACGUUGGCUAAAGAGGCGAGAUAAGAACUAGAAAGAGCAGCUCGGGAUGAAACUCGACCAGGGUACACUGGAGCAGUCACCUCUUCCUUCAGCCCGUGAGUCAUGAUGAGCAAAUCUGGAAGAUGGAGAGGGCGAGUCGCCAAGGUAGAAGAACCGGUGAGCAGAGGAGAAGGAGACAGAUUUCUGGGAGUGUCGAGGAGCUGGGUUGGCGGCGGUGCUUCACGUAUUGUGCAUGGGAAGUUUGUCUAGGGCGAACUGGUGUUCAUAUUGUUUCCAGACUAAAAAAAGUUAUAUAAGUAAAACAAUGCAAAAUUUCAUAGUAAUUUUCUGUGAUAGGUUUUUAAAAAAUAGUGUGUCCGGACCACCUUCUGCUGUCUCUCAUCUAUCAACUAAGCCUAACUUAAAGUCUUACAUUAUUAUGUUUCACUCGAUAUAAGCAAUACACACUAUUUCUUGGCAAUAGGUUUAGAACAUGAUCCAAACUUAUUAAUUUUUUGAAACUAACAUGAUCCAAACUUCUAUCCACCAUUUGUUUUGGUCAAACUUCAAUCUACACAAUACGCAUAAUAAUUACGGGAAGAGAAGAGAGUAAGCUAUCAUUGUGGCAAGUGAUCAGAUUGAUUGGACCGCGUAACAUUUGUGACAUAUAUUAGAUCAAUUGGACCGCCUUGUUGCAAUUUAUUUAACUUGCGUAAUGUUUGCUAACGACGGUCUCACCAAAGAUUCUAAAUACUAAGUUCAAUUAUUCAACUCACGACAAAAGAUGACAUGAAUAUUUUAACAGAGAGACUAAGAGGACCAUGUAUUAUAGAAUCCGAAGUCGGACCAUUCUAAAUGACAGAUCAUUAAUAUAACUUGGGUGUUAUUUACGUAAGACGGGUAUCCGCUUGUCCUCAAUGCAAGCCUUGACUUUACCAUUUUGCAACUUAUGUAUAUUUUGUUUCGUUAGAGAUCACAAGAAAUAGUAUUAUGUAGUUACGGCAUAAGAAGAAAGACAAUAAUUUUGGUUACACAAAUCAAACACUGUAUAUAGUAAGCGGUAAAAUUUUAGCCCCCUACCCAAUUUUUAAUCAGUGAUAUAUUUGAUGAUCUCAUUUCUUAGUAGCUACUUUCUUAACCAUCUUCCUUGGAGUCAUUCAGUUUCGAGAACAUUUGAUAUUGUUUAAAUGUCUUAAAUUAGUAUUUUGUAAGUUAAAUACUAUUCGUUUUUGUGAUGUCACGGGGAAUAUAUUACGCAGUGACGAAGAUAUAGUAGGAGAAAAAGAAACAAGAAGUUUGUCAUAGAACUAUAUAAUAAGCGGAAUAUUUCAACAACAGUGGUCCAAAUAUAAAUUACGAUUAAUUGGUGAUUUUCUCUAACCGCAGUGUACUUUGAAAUUUGAAUGAACAUGUUUUGUGGCAUCCACAGGUCACCCGCCACCAGAUCAUCUUGACAUUUUUUUGGAGUUAUCUUGAAUAUUUAAAAACGAUCGAAUGAUAUAUUUUUAUGGAUGAAAAUUAAUUUGAUUGAUUUCUUUUAAGUUAAAAGUCGCUGGUUUCCUUUUUUUUGUUAUAUACAUGUUUGUUUCUCAACGUACAACUUAAACAAAUAUUGACGAUUCUCAGUUGAAAUGGCAAGUCAGAAAUAUAAUGAAUAUAGAAUUAUAUUUAAAAAACCUUUAUGGUUUUGAAAUUAAAUUCAAAACUGAAAAUUUUAAAUUCAACAUAAAAUUAUAUCUAAACAAAAAAUCAUAUAAGUUGGUUAGGUUGCUAUGGUCGUCGUACCGUGUUAUAAGGUCUAACUAGAAUAGAGUAUGUGCCAUGCAUGGUUAAGUUUCAUUUUUUUAUAGUUAAACACUUAUUUUGUUUUAUAGAUUGUUUAAGUUUGUUUUUUUUUAUCUUCUUGAAGGAUGUAAGUCGUUAUUUGAAUCUGAAAGCCGAAUAUAAAUCUUUGUAUAUGAAAUGUCAGUCAAACGCCCAUAUCAGUUCUAACUGAGUCAUCUUAAACUACUAAUCUUAAUCUUAAUUUUCCAUUCAGUUUUAAGCAGUUUGAGUUCUUUUAUAAAUAUUAUAUAUAAUGAAAUUUAAAUGUUUUAGAUGAACCCGUGUUUGAUAGUUCAAAACUAAAAUAUAACAUAUGAAAUCCAAAAUAAGAAUCUAAUUUAAUGGAAUAGAUAUAUUUUCAUAUUUUAUAUUUUAUUUCAAAUAUAAAUGAAUAUUUUUUUUAAAAAAAAUCUAAAAUUUUUUUUUAAAAUUUUUAUUUCCAAAAAUGAAUUAACUUAAAUUUCAAUUAUCAGUAAAAUAUAAUUAAAAUAUUUUAUAUGAUUUUAAUUUACAUUUAUAAAUCAGAACUGAACUAAUUUUAAUUUCUAACUAUAUUUUAAUGUGGAAGCCCCAUUGGUCCAGUGGUUUGACCAAGAAUUCAUUAAUGCUUCUACAUCAAGAGGUCUGGAUUUCAAUUCCCGGAGAAUGCAGAAUUAUGCGAAUUAAAGGAGAAUAAAGCUUGCAAGAGAUCUGCAGCAUGGCGCAAAGAGUGCCGUUAAGCAUGGAUCUCAUAUGGAGGCUCAGGUGAUACAGUCAAGCGUGAAUCCUCAUACGAUAGGUAGAAUUGUCGGUUGCAGAAUCGUCUGUAAUAUUUUUCAUAGUUGUAAUAGCAUAAUUAACCAGCAUUAAAAAACUAUAUUUUAAUGAUAAUUAAAAUUUAAACUAACUAAUUAAGAAAAUAAAUUGCAAAAUGAUUUUUUAAAGAUUUUGUUAGAAUUUUAAAAGGAAAGUUGUUUGUUUGUAUUUCAAAUAAAAGAGUAAGAUAUUAAAAGAUAUUGUAAUUAAAUUCUGUGUAAUUUGAUAAAUUUUCUAAGGGAUGGUCCAAAUAAAAAAUCACACAUAAAAAAAUCAUAAGACUCUAAUUUCAUAGAUUAGAUUAAAAUUAAAAUAAUUAAUUACGAAAAUAAAUUGCAAAAAGAUUUUUUAAAGGUUUUGUUAGAAAUUUAAAAAGAAACUUGUUUAUUUGUAUUUCAAAUCAAAGAUUAAGAUAUUAAAAGAUAUUGUAAUUAAAUUAUGUGUAAUUGGAUAAAAAAAAUUUUAAAGGAUGGUCCAAAUUAAAAAUCACACAUAAAAAACAUAGGCCUCUAAUUUAAGAUAGUAGAAACAAUAAUAAUGCAUGGCUCCUGGAGCUGCUUCCGGCGUAUUUAGGUACUUUCACCAUGAGUGAACAAAUAAAAAAAGGUAAUUUCACCAUGAAAAUCAUAUACUUCUUCAGUCCUAAAGUUUUAUUUUCUUCUCCGUUUUUGAUAGAACAUAUAUACAUGUUUCUUCUUUCUUGACCAGUAGUAUGCUGUAUGCAUAUAAAAUAUUAAUCACUAAUGUAUCUAAAAUAAAAUAUAGUUUUAGGCAUGUGAUCUACCAAUCCGAUCAUGUGCUGAUUAAUUGGUCUUUUUAUAUAGAUUUCUUAAAUAUCAGUUGUUUUUACCAAACAAAAAAAUAUAUCAGUUGUGCUAUGUAGGACAAUAUUGUGGUGGUAGCUAGAUCGUGGGAGGAACCAAUGAUAUAGUAUAUGAUAUUUUCUUAUUCUGUGCAUAAAAAUACAAUAAUAUCUCAGUUUUUUUUGGUGCAUAUCGUCAUACAUAUAUAUAGUAUAUUUUAGUGAGUAGUAUAUUCCAAUUGGUUUGUUUUUAAGGUGAAUUCGUAUUUGAGUUUACUUUUAAAUAAAUAUAUUGCUUUAAGUUGUACAAACUCUUGCUGCAUUUGUUUAUCUUUUUUGUUUAAUUCAUUCUUGUAUGUUCUUAUAUAAAGUAUAAGAUUUAAUUUCAUUGUUUAUCCAAAAAAAUAAGUAUUAUAUCUUUAUAACUAUUUUAUGUGUAUACAAUAUUAUUUAAUAUGAAUUUUGCUUUUUAUGAUUGAAAUUCGAUUUGAUUUUACAUACUGUGUUUACUUUCUGUGAUACCGUACGUUUUCAUAUUUCAUGACCCAAUUGGUGCUGUUAUUGUAUUGUCUCCAUGAUUAAAAUCCGGUUAAUGGUACGUACGCUUUCUAUAGACAAAAAAGAAUCGAGUUGCAUAGAUUCAUAUGUUCCUGAUAAACAUACAAGAUUUAUAAAUUAAAUUAGGUUAUCUGUUUAUAUUUUAAUUCAAAUUGUGUCGAUGAACGGAAUGGUGAUAGAAUACUAAAGGUAAAAAUAAAGACUCCGACUGCUCUUUACUCCAGAUCUCAAUAUGGUCAACUAGACCAUCGUGCACUGCACUCUGUUCAAUAUGUUAAAAACAAAGUUUAAUUACACCGACAAAACGAUUUUAUUAUAUUUUUUAAUUCAAUAUGUAAUCAGUAUGCAGCAUAUUAGUCGAGUUUCGAUAAAUCAUAUAUAGAUAAUAUACUUUGGUAUAGUUAGGUUCCAUUUGUAUAUUCGGUAGAAUCUGGCACAUCUUAACCAAACCUUUUGCAUUAAAAAGUUUAUUUGCAUUUGAAAGUAAAUUUAUGAAAUAGUACGAAUUACUUUACAAUUUUAUAGAUUUUCUCUUAUAUAAGUAUAUUAGUCACGUUUUAUAUUUAUUUUUGCUCCUCAAUAUUUACAACACCAAAUGCAACAGUAAACCUUUUUUUUUGUCAACAAUGCAACAGUAAAAAUAUAAAAUACUUUUACAAAGAAAAACAGUAAACCAAUAUAAAAAAACAUUAAUCGUUAUGAAACCUUUCGGUUAAGUUCAUUUUCUCCAAUAAAGCAAGUUUCAUUGUAUACGUUUUCCCAUGCAUGCGUAUUUUGUAAUGUUUCCGAUACAAGAAAUACUAAAAAGAAAUAUCAACUUCUUCAAACAUUUUAGAUAGUUGAUUCUACGCACACAAUCCUAUUUUAACUAGUGUCUAAACGUUUGCUCAAGCAUCUUUACUGCAUCUCAGCAUAUUUAAUAGUAUAGUUUACUAAUCUUCAUUCUAAUGUAUUGGUGAGAGUAAGACCAUGUGCACCUAGCGUAAUAAAACAAAAAUAUACACCUCACACUCAGAGCCGGCUCAACAUUCUUAGGAGCCCUAGGGCAAAAAAAAAAAAUUUACCCUCUAAAUUUUAUAUACAUAUAACGUUUAAAAUAUUUAAAAUUUAAUAUGUAAUAUUUUGUAUAUAUUUGUAAUGAAAAUAAAAACUAUAUACAUAUCAAAUAAUUUUGGACCCUUUUUAUUUUGAUUUAUUAUAUUUAUAAAAAUUUUAUAUAUAAAAAUAUAGAUUUAUAAGAAAAUUGGGCCCUUAAUUAUUAUACGGGGGGACACGGGCUUGGACCCGGGACGGUCGCACCGCUUGUCCCCCCAACUGAGCCGGCCCUGCUCACACUAUAAUAAUAAGUGGUUAACUAAUUCAAACUAAUCAUAAGUUAUUAUAGAUUAAUAAUGAUUUCUAAUUAAGACUGGGCACACAAAUUUUCAAUGUUAUAAUUUACAACUUCACAAGCAGUGAUAAAAUUGGCUAUAAAUGAACCACAACCCCAGUGCAAUGAAAACCCAUCUUCAACAACAAAACAAAGACAUACAAACCAAACAAUUAAAAAAGAAGUAUCAAUGCAAAUCACAAAACCACACGCCGCCUUGCUUUCAAGUCCCGGAAUGGGCCACAUCAUCCCGGUGAUUGAGCUCGCUAAACGUCUCUCAACUAACCACGGCUUCCGUGUCACCGUCUUCGUCCUGGAAACCGAUGGAACCUCAGCUCAGUCCAAGUUCUUAAACUCCACAGGCCUGGACGUUGUCAAUCUUCCUUCGCCGGACAUUUCUGAAUUAGUGCACCCUGCAGACCACGUGGUGACCAAGAUAGGAGUCAUUAUGCGUGAAACCGUUCCAGCCCUCCGGUCCAAGAUCGCUGCUAUGACACAAAAGCCAACGGCUCUGAUCGUCGACUUGUUCGGCACAGAUGCUUUACGUCUCGCAUCGGAGUUCAAAAUGUUGACGUAUGCGUUCAUCACUUCCAACGCACGUUUUCUUGGGGUUACUAUAUAUUAUCCAACUUUGGAAAAAUAUGUCAAAGAGGAGCACACGGUGCAAAGAAAACCGCUUGAGAUACCGGGCUGUGAACCGGUUCGAUUCGAAGAUACGCUAGAUGCAUACCUGGUUCCGGACGAACCGUUGUACCGCGAUUUUGUGCGUCACUGUCUAGCUUACCCAAAAACAGAUGGCAUUUUGGUUAACACGUGGGAUGAGAUGGAGCCUAAAUCAUUAAAAUCCCUUCAAGACCCGAAACUUUUGGGUCGGUUCGCUCGUGUACCCGUUUACCCGAUCGGUCCGUUGUGCAGACCGGUAGAAUCAUCUAAAACCGUUCAUCCGGUUUUGGAUUGGUUGAACCAACAACCAGAUGAGUCGGUUCUCUAUAUUUCCUUCGGGAGUGGCGGUUCUCUAACAGCUAAACUGUUAACCGAACUGGCAUGGGGACUCGAGCAAAGCCAGCAACGGUUUGUUUGGGUGGUUCGACCACCGAUUGACGGCUCUUCUUGCAGCGCGUAUUUAUCGGCCAACGGCGGCGGAACAAAAGACAGCACGCCGGAAUAUCUACCGGAAGGGUUCGUGACACGUACCAGCGAUAGAGGUCUGGUGGUCCCAUCAUGGGCCCCGCAAGCUGAAGUUUUGGCCCACAGGGCCGUUGGCGGGUUUUUGACUCAUUGCGGUUGGAACUCGACGCUAGAAGGCGUGGUUAACGGCGUGCCGAUGAUCGCGUGGCCGCUUUUUGCUGAGCAGAAUAUGAACGCGGCGUUGCUCAGCGACGAACUAGGAAUCGCGGUCCGAGCGGAGGAGGCAAAUACUAGGUCAGAGAUUGAGGCGAUUGUGAGGAAGGUUAUGGCGGAAGAGGAAGGUGAGGAGAUGAGAAGGAAAGUGAAGAAGCUGAGAGACAAUGCGGAGAUGUCUUUGAGCAGCGAGGGUGGUGGUUCGGCGCACGAGUCGCUUUGCAGGGUCACGGAGGAGUGUCAACGGUUUUUGGGACGUGACAGGGACUUGGCACGUGGUGCGUAGGGUUUUUUAAACUCUUUUGUGUUUGAAACUCUGUCAUUUUCCAAAGUUUUUAUUCCCAUUGGAUGGGUGUUUUCUAAACUUUUAUUCCAUUGUAAUAUAAUAAUAAUCCGUGUUUGUCAUUAUACUAGAGUUUUAGACUUUUGUAAUCGUAUUUCUCAACUAAUGUUCCAUUGUAAUAUUGAAUAAUUCGUGUUGUUUGCAGUAAAAUAACAUUGUAUUAUAAAA